UACAGUAGUUUAUUUAGUCACUCACGCGCGCGUACGUGCACAGGACACUACGACUGCACUAUUGCACAACUGCCGCACAACUGCCGCUAACUGAAGCAUGAAGGAUCCGAUUGAGGAAACAGCGGGAGAUCAGUGGAAACUUUUCUGAAGAUACAAAUAAUCUGUAAAUUCAGGACAUGUCUUCCACCAGAACCCUGUUCCUGGUCUCGUCCUGCCUCGCUUUAACCCUCAUCUCUCUAACUCUGGUUCUGAAGAAGUGGCACCUGGGUCUCAGAGAGGAAGGAGGAGGUGAUGAUGGUCCUGAUGCAGAUCUGAAAUUGGAUUUAACCUCUGAGAAACUGAUCCAGCAGCUCAGAGAAAGACAACAGGAGCUUCUUCCAUUUUAUCUGAAUUCUACUGGAGAUCAGACAGGGAAUGAGACUCUGAAUGAGGAGGUUUUGGGUUCUGAACAGGGGAUUGGCUGCAGUGAUUUGAGUGGGAUGACAGUGGUGGAUCUUCUCGGUUCAGGAUACACUAAAACAGUGCUGAAGGUUCUCACUCAGCAAGGAUCUGCCGUGGCUCUGAAAUCCGUGAACGAGCAGGGAUCAGAUAUGAGGACCUGCCUGGAGGACUUCCGAGAUCCUCAGGGCUGUCAGGAGCUGGUCUCCUUCAAACUGAGGAAGGAGGUCAUCCUCCUGCAGAGGCUGAAGCAUCCCAACAUCGUGGAGCUGAGAGGUCAGUGCCGGGAGAGCGGGCUGGUGGGGGGGAUGGUGGCGGUGCUGGAGCCGGGGACGCCCCUGCAGAUGAUCCAGCUCCUGCAGAGCCCCUGGGAGGAACGCUUUCGGGUGUGUCUGGGUGUGGUCAGGCUCCUGCAGUACCUGUCCCGCUCUCCUCUGGGCUCCGUGGCUCUGCUGGACUUCCAGCCCCGUCAGUUCAUCACGGUGUCGGGCGAGCUGAAGCUGACGGAUCUGGACGACGCCGUGGUGAGAGAGCCGAGCUGCCGGAUCGACUCAGACUGCCUCCUGCAGUUCCCGCUCCGCAACUUCACCCUGCCCUGCUCCUCCAGCGGCGUCUGUGAGGGACUCAACCAGCUGAGGAACCUGUACAACGCCUACAGAUAUUUCUUCAUCUAUCUGCUGCCUCAUCAAGCUCCCGCCCUGCUGAAACCUCUAGUGGAAGAGAUAAUGAACACCACGGGGGAGCUGAAGAAGAAUGUAGAAGAAACUCUGGAGGACUUUGAAAAGGUUUUGCAUGAAUACAAGUCUGGGCUUCAUCUGCAGAACCUGCAGCCCUCAGUCAUUAAAGAUUACGCUGUAGUGAGGGGCGUGAAGACGGCGGGGGAUAUGGAUUACAGAUGCUGGCCGUCGUACGAGCAGCAGGCCUGUGUGCUCUCUGUUCACAACGCCCUGGAGGCUGCUCACAUCUGCAGCUCUCACCCACAAUGCACCAGCUUCUCCCUCAGCCGCCAGAGAACAUGGACAGGUCGACGUCUCGCCUCCUUCAGGAGCGGAUUCAGCCAGAUGCUUCCAGAUGUGAACUCCACGCUCUACAUGAGGAGCCAAGCCGGGGUCUCAACUGCUGCACAGCUUUAGAGGAGAAAAGAGAGAGAAGAAAGAAAGAAAGAAAGAAGAAAAAAGAGAAAGAAAGAGGACGGGGAGGGAGGGGGAGGAGUCUGAAGGGAAUGAAUGUGAUGUAUUUAUAGGCAUCUCAAUCAAAGGACGUUUGAUCUUCCUGCCAAUCCGACGCUCCGCUGCCAACAGGAGUUUAAAAGGAUUAUUUCCCUUCAGGUAUAAUAAUUAAAUUAUUACUCCUCUAUCAGAGAAGAAGAAACACCUCCUCCUUCUCUGUGUUUCCCCCUCGUCUCUGCUGUGUCUCUGCUGUGUUUCUGCUGUGUCUCUGCUGUGUUUGUUUGGCACAGUUGAAUGAAAGGACACUGAGGCUGUUCUGCGCUGUGUAGAGAACGCAGGAGGAAAGAAAGAAAGAAAGAAAGAA